CUGUUUGUCCUCAGAACAUCUGGUGUUGUAGGCGGUUCCGUCGCGAUCCAGCACCAAUAGCAUCCCGUGCGGUCGAGGAGAAUGACGCGAUCGGAGGGAGUCGAGCAGCUCCACGGACUCCUCAAGAGCAGCGCGGGACUCGUGAACACUCGGCGAGGAGCUCGCGGGAUUACCGGACCCCUGACACCGAGGCCGAGAGACGCGCUUUACUUUUAGUUUGUGCCUCGUCUUUCUGGACACCGCCACAGGUCGGCAGAGGCUCGCUGUCCUGCGGCUUUUCGGAGAUGUUGGACGGAAUCAAAAUCGAAGAUCAGUUCAGGAGUGGAGCGGAGUCUCUGGGAGUGAUGCUGGGUUCAGACUGCAUGCAUCAGAGUGUGUGUGAAGGCUGUCACAGACCGAUCUCGGACCGCUUCCUCCUGCGCGUGAACGACGGCUCGUGGCACGAGGAGUGUUUGCAGUGCUCGGUGUGUCAGCAGCUUCUCACCAUGAGCUGCUACUCCAGAGAUCACAAACUCUACUGCAAACACGACUACCAACAGUUGUUUGCGGCCAAAUGCAGCGGCUGUCUGGAAAAGAUCUCUCCCACAGAGUUUGUGAUGCGCGCACUAGAAAGUGUGUACCACCUAGGCUGCUUCUGCUGCUGCGUGUGCGAGCGUCAGCUGUGUAAAGGAGACGAGUUCGUCCUGAAGGAGGGACAGCUGCUGUGCAAGAACGACUACGAGAGAGAGAAGGACCUGCUGCACUCGGUCAGCCCGGACAUGUCUGACUCCGAGAAAAGCGAGGACGAAGAUCUGGACGUGAAGCCCGAGAAAGGAGCAGGAGGUCAGGGGAAAGGCGGAGACGACGGCAAAGACCCGCGGAGACCCAAGAGACCUCGCACCAUCCUCACCACCCAGCAGCGGCGCGCCUUCAAGGCCUCCUUUGAGGUGUCGUCCAAACCCUGCAGAAAGGUCAGAGAGACGCUGGCAGCUGAGACUGGUCUGAGUGUUCGAGUCGUCCAGGUGUGGUUUCAGAACCAAAGAGCAAAGAUGAAGAAAUUAGCACGCAGACAACAGCAGCAGCAAGAGCAGCAAAACUCUCAGAGACUCGGACAAGACGUGAUCUCAAGCCGAAUGGAGACCCUGAUGAACUCUUACACGCCGCUGGCUCCGCCUCCUCAGCAUCAGCUAGUGUCCAUGGAGCCGGGCGGAUACAGCACAGACCCGUUCCAGCAGGGCCUGACCCCUCCGCAGAUGCCCGGAGAUCACAUGAAUCCAUACGGAACCGACUCGAUUUUCCACGACAUCGACAGCGACACGUCUCUGACCAGCCUGAGCGACUGCUUCAUGGCCGCGUCGGAAGCCGGGUCCCUGCAGAGCCGCGUGGGGAACCCCAUCGACCGCCUCUACUCCAUGCAGAGCUCCUACUUCGCCUCCUGAAACCAAACCCCGAGACUAAACCCCCCACGAAAAAACCACCUGACAGCCAGGCCAUCCAGAAUCCCGAGGACAAGAAAACCAAACCAAACCAAACGGCUCCCGCGGCAGAUGAGGAAGGAGGCCUCGAGUCUGUCCAGGUUCAGAGAAGCGCGUGAGGAGACGGGAUGAGAUGGUCUUCAUCUAGACUUGUAGAAAAGAAAAAACAAAACAAAAACCUAACCAAAUAUUCCUAGAGGAGCUACGGGAACGAGUUUAGACCAUAAAUAGACAGAUGCAAUACAUGCAAAAAGUUGGAAACACUGCGUACGGUACAACAACGUUGCUGUUGAACACGGAUCUCAAAUGUAUGAAAAGAAACUGGAGCCGAAACAGCUGUGUGUUGAUAAAGACGACUGGCUAUUUAUUACGUACAUGUGCCAAUUAAACCUGCAAAGCUUUAUUUAAGACGAAUUGUGUUAGAGUAAGUACCAUAAGCAUCUUCAUGUAAGUCCCCGGGAGAGAGCGUAGUAUUAUACCGUUGAUGUUUAAAGAUGUAUAUGUUUUAUUUCGCUGUGCUAUUUAUUUGUCGUCGGCAUUCUUGGACGCUGUAGAGGAUGCAGUUUUUUGCUCAAACUUGCUAAACUUACCAAAGUUUGUUGGUACUAAAAAUAAAGAAAUGUUAACAAA